GUUGAGCGCAGCGCAUUUGGAGGCUCCUAGACGACAAAACGGAACAGCGGGCAGCCACGACAACACGCCUACCAACAAUGCACACCUAGGGCACCAUGCUGAAAGCCUGGGACACGCUCGUGGGCGAGGCGCGCUGCCUCUUUACCGCAUCGGUGGAGGGCGGUGAGCCGGAGGCGCUCUGCGAGGGGUUAGUAAGGCAGGUGUCCAAACUCGCGGUAGGAGCCGGCGGCCCGGGCACGACCUGCCGCGCGGCGCCGACGGACUACGGCAGUAUCAUCGUACAAGUGGACACGCGCGACGGGAGCACCGAGGCGAUUAAGGACGCGUUGAAGGGCAAGACGCUCAUCGUGCGCGGCGCGCGCUGCGUCUUGGGAUUGGCGGCGGCGGCCGUCAGGCUGCCAUGUGCAUCAAAUCCUGUUGAAAUCCGCCCCGUGGUCGAGAAGCCCCACGGAAGUAUGAUAAAAGACGUCUCGGAGGACGACUGGCGGCGGCUCCGGCGCCUCUUCGGGCGCCGGGCGGAAGUGCCGGGCGACAAGCGCGACGCCUGGGCGCGUGCUUUGAGAGAUGCGGGCCGGGCCUACGCGGACCGGCCGUGGGCUGAGUGUCGCUGGCACCCGCCGAGGCGCGAGCCGCUCGUCGUCACCGGCCCGUCGUUCUUCGCCGCGCCCAAGAAGCAAGAGGCCAAGGAGGCGGACUCCAAGGCCGACGCGAAGGACGCGAAGGAUUCUGACGACGACGCCAAGGACGACGUCGCGGAAGCCAAGGGCGCCGAGCCCUGGGACGAGCGCGCUGCGACCCGCCGCGCGACGCUGCGGCGGCGGCGGCUGAUGGACAACCGGCAGCCGUGGCGCCUCGACCCCCGCGCGCCCGUCGACGAAAAGGCGCCCGUAGUCGUCGACGAGAACGUGCCGCCCGCGACGGCGCCGCCGGAGCCGGCGCCUCUCCCACAACCCAAGGUCUCGUCGGUCUUCGCCGCGAUGCGCGCCGUCGCGGCGCUGACGCCGAAGAACGCCGCGGCGCCGGACGUGCCGACGGUCGCGGCGCGGCUCGCCGCGCGGCGCCGUUCCUCCCUGUGUGGAAACCAAAUUUCGGGUGCCCCACGCCAUCGACGCGAUGUUGUCCCCGUGGAUAACUAACUCACUGGUUGAUUUCCACACAGGCGAGAAGGGCUUCACCCUGUCGAAGCGCGGCGAACUGGCCGUGCUCGACGAGCUCGCGCGGGCGAUGCCGCAGGGCGGUCUCGAGCUGGCCGAGCCGGCGUGCUGGGGCGCCGCGGCGUCGAACGCCGUCGUCGCGCGCGGCCGGGGCGCCGCGGCGCGGCUCCGGUGGCUGGCCCUCGCGCGGCGCGCCGUCGCGGCGUCGUGGUGCUUCCUGAGCUUCGAGGAGUUUGUGCAGUCGCACGCCGACGCCGUCGAAGGGCGGAGGCGCGCGCUGCGGGAGGCGCCGAUUUCCGUCGCGCAACCCACGGCCGCCGAGCCUACGAUCGUCGACGCCGUCAAUCUGGCGGUCCUACCGAUUUCGCGGGCCGCGGCGCCGCGGCCGCUCCCCGACGGGACGUUUACCUGGACGACGCCCGAGGAGGAUGAGUCGGUACCGGUCGUCGACGAGGCCCCGCCGCGUGCCGACGUUUCUGCCGAAGGCAAGGCGCUGUCAAAUUUGGAGGGCGUCUUUCCCGUGGUCGUCGCGGCCAUUCCGCAGAUCGUGUCGGUCCACGUCGUUGGGAGCAGCGAAGAGGACGUCUGGCGCGUCGUCCGCUCGGCUCUCCCGGACCGAAGCAAGACGUGCCUCGGCCGGGAGGAGUUCGUGGGGGAUGUGUGGCCGGCGUUGUGGGGGGCGUUUGGGGAGCGCUGGCGUUCUAAGCUAUAG